AUGUGGGUCUGCGGCGCGCUGUGGGGGGCGCGAGCCUCGGCCGGGCUGCGGCGGAGGCUACUCCCCGCUUCGGGCCGCCGCCGGCCUGCCGCCGCCUCCUACUCCGCCUCUGCCGAGCCCUCCCGGGUCCGGGCGCUGGUCUAUGGGCAUCACGGGGACCCGGCCAAGGUCGUCGAACUGAAGAACCUGGAGCUGGCUGCUGUGGGCGGAUCAGACGUCCAUGUGAAGAUGCUGGCGGCCCCUAUCAAUCCCUCUGACAUAAAUAUGAUCCAAGGAAAUUACGGCCUCCUUCCCAAGCUGCCUGCGGUUGGAGGGAACGAAGGCGUUGGACAAGUGGUAGCUGUGGGCAGCAGUGUGACUGGGGUGAAGCCGGGAGACUGGGUGAUCCCAGCAAAUGCUGGUUUGGGAACCUGGCGGACUGAGGCUGUGUUCAGCGAGGAAGCACUGAUUGGAGUUCCGAAUGACAUCCCCCUUCAGAGCGCCGCCACCCUGGGUGUCAAUCCUUGCACGGCCUACAGGAUGCUGAUGGACUUUGAGCAGCUGCAGCCAGGGGAUUCUGUCAUCCAGAAUGCGUCCAACAGUGGAGUGGGGCAAGCAGUCAUCCAGAUCGCCGCAGCCCUGGGCCUGAGGACCAUCAAUGUGGUCAGAGACAGACCUGACAUCCAGAAGCUGACCGACAGACUGAAGAAUCUGGGGGCUGAGCAUGUUAUCACAGAAGAGGAAUUAAGGAAACAUGAGAUGAAAAACUUCUUUAAGGACGUGCCCCAGCCGCGGCUUGCUCUCAACUGCGUCGGUGGGAAAAGCUCCACAGAGCUGUUGCGGCACUUAGCGCGCGGAGGAACUAUGGUGACCUACGGGGGGAUGGCCAAGCAGCCCGUCAUUGCCUCUGUGAGCCUGCUCAUUUUUAAGGAUCUCAAACUGCGGGGCUUUUGGUUGUCCCAGUGGAAGAAGGACCACAGUCCAGAGCAGUUCAAGGGGCUGAUCCUCACGCUGUGUGAUCUCAUCCGCCAAGGCCAGCUCACGGCCCCCGCCUGCUCCGAGGUCCCACUGCAGGACUACCAGCGUGCCUUGGAAACCUCGAUGCAGCCCUUCGUAUCUUCAAAGCAGAUUCUCACCAUGUGAUAACGCCAGAGGAGCCAGAGCGAAGUGGGAGGGGAGACAGAUCAGCAAGACUGCUUUCGGGCCCCUCAGUCAGGGCCCUCGACCUUCCUCGGGCUGCUCCUCUCCGCACUGGCACUUCCGAGCAGGAGAACUGUGAAGCCAGCGAAGUCUUUCUCCCAGGGCCAGCCUCAGGGUAUCUAAUAAAGUCUGAACUUCCUAAAAACAAACAAACACCAGUAGAAGUCAUCCCUGUGAGGAAGGACCAUCACUGUGCACCUGCUAUCUCCCAGCACUAGAAGCCCCCUCCUUGCCUGUCCUCCAUUUGUCCCUCAGCUAAGGCCACCCUGAAAGCAAAGCCAGGAUGGGCACUGGCAGGUACAAAAGCCAAUAAGACACAAUCUCUGCCCUCAAGCUGUCCAAGCCCACAGAGGAGUGAAAAGGAAGGUUUGACUCGUUCUCAGGUGUGUGGCUCAGUCUGGGGCAGGGAGCAUCAGCUGCAUGGAAGAGUGAACGACAGCUGAGGAACCACGGAAACGGGGUCUCAGGUGGCUGGACCCUCGUGGGACGUCCAUGCUAACUGGGGGCAUAGACGUUACACCAGUGGUUCUCAACCUGAGCUUAUUUUACCCCAGGGGACAUUUGACAAUGUCUGGAGACAUUUUUGGUUGUCAUAAUUGAGAGGGUGCUACUGGCAUCUAGUGGGUAGAGGUCAGUAAUGCUGCUAAAACAUCCUGCUGUGUGCAGAGCAGCUCCCGCAACAAAGAAUUGUCCAGCCCCAAAUGUCUGCAGUGCCGCUGUUGAGAAACCCUGCAUUAAACCAGUAAUCCCACAGCAAUUACCGUAGUGAUUAGCGUGCUAAAGAAGACAUGUGUGAAGUGCUAAGGGAGUGUGACUAAGGUCUUGUCCUAGGCCUGGGGUCAGGGGAGCCUUCCUGAGGUGAAGCUUGAAAGCAGGCCCUGAAAAAUGAGUAGCUUUAUUCACACAGAGUUUGACAUUAUGUGACUUUUUGGUGUUUGCCUCAUGAUCCACUCACCCAAAGCAAAGAACUAGAGACUUUGGGAUGUCUCCCUCCUCACCUGGCCCUGCAUCCCGUAGCUCAGGAGCCUCAUUCAGGGAGUACCCACUGAGUCCCAAGCAUGUGCCCGAGGCUAGGGAUGCCAGGAGAGAUGUGGCUGCUCAGCCUAGUGCAGGGGACAGACUGUGCAGUAUGCGAAUGAGGCCUCUGAUACGGAGGUGUUGAGAGGGCCAAGACACAGCAGCUCUGCCUGAGGGUUUAAGGAAGGCUUCCCAGAGGAAGUGUCAUCACAGCAAAUCUUGAAGGCCAAGCAGGAAAAGGUGUACCAAGCAAAGCCAACAACACAUGUGCAAGUUUGGAGGCCUGAGAGCCUGCACCACUGCCUAAGAUGUGGGGGGAGUGUGAGGACUGAGGUGGGAGCAGUGGGCAGGGCUCAGAGCAGGAAGGGUCACGAAGUCAGGACUUCGUGGGCUUUUAAGCAGCAGAGUGAUGUGGAAAAUCUGGCUUGGAAGGCUUGAGUACGCUCAGGUUUAGUUGCAGGCAAGCAUGAACACAGGCUCCCAGCAUGAUCCUUUUGCCUUUGGGAGCAUCUUGUGUGUCCUCUGGAGAAAAGGGCUCCGCUUCAGCCUGGGGCUGCAGGUCUGCAGGUGCCUGCUGGGUAAGAUUUGCCACCUUGUACACCUGGGCUCAGGAUCAGCCCCAACUUGCCUCAGUUCUCCCGUCCCCCAUCCUCUAUCCUCGAGGCUAGGGGGAUGGAUGAUUUAUACAGGUGGUCAGUGGGGGCAAGUGAAAAAAGCCUGAGUGGGGUAGGGAGGCUGCCCAAAGGCUACAGGAGUGAAAAUGACGAUUAGGUUCUUCAGGGAAGGUCUACAACGCUGGGCUCGGGGGAGUAAGGUGCCUGGGGUGGACGCAGGAGGCAGACAGGAGGGAGGAAGGUUUCUAACACCCACCAUAGUUAGAGACCUCCUGGAGGGGUGUGCACAGUGUCCUGAGAACGGUACCUCUGGGGGUCUGGAGGUGACAUCUGGGCUCUGCUUUAUAGGAUGAUUAUUGUUUUCUCAGGCAGGGAAGGGAGACAAGCGUUACAGACUAAGGGAGCAGAUUCAGCAAAGGUAUAGAGGCAGGACAUGCCUAUUAGAAUCUUCCCAUUUUCCCAAAAUAUCCAUUCUCUUCCUAAGAAUUAAAACUGAUGACUUUUAGGUGGGCACAUGGUUGGCUGGAAUGAACACUGUCCGUGCCUCCCUUGCAGGAGACAAGGCCUGUCCCUUGUGAUGCAAGCAGAGGUGGUGUCUGAGGUGGAAGGUGUCAGUUUCUCAGGAGCCUCUUUAAAACACGGCUGGCAUCUAUCCUGGCAUCUAUCCUGUACCUUCUUCCCCUUCCACCUUCCUCCUGGCCGGGAUACAGACGUGAUUCCUGGAAUUUGCACGGCCGUCUUUGACCAUGUUAAGAGUGGGACAACAAGAGAUCAGAGCCUGGGUCCCUGACACCCGGAAGCCCUGACUGCCCACCUCAGGACUUGAGAAAUGAGUUUUACGUGAGAAAUAAGCUUCUAUGUUAUUUAAGCCCCUAGUAUUUGGGCUUUCUCUGAAGCUAAUCAUAACUAAUACAUAUUCAUGAUUUAAUUUAUAUUGAAAUCAAGGCAAUCAAUCUGAAACUGAAAAAGUGAAUUGUGGCAAUUUGUGAUUCCCAGCUAAGGAAUUUGGACUUGAUCCUGUUGGCAGUAGGGAACAAAAGAUUUCUGAGCCAGAAGAUCAGAACUGUGCUUUGGAAUAAUCCCUCUGGCAACAGGAUGGGGGACAAUUUGGAGAAGGGAAGCACUAAAGAAAGAAAGAAAAUCAGAAAUUCCCAGGCUUCCGAAUUUCAGAUAAGUAAAAUCUCCCUAAAUUUCAAAGACCAACAUAGGGAUUACCAACAUUUAAGAGGCCAGCAGAGGAAAGGAGACUGAGGCAAAACCAUGUCAAAGAGAAUCUGACUUAAAUCAUCGAGAAGUACAGGAGAUUGUUUUUAAUUUUCAGGCUGAGUAAUCUGUGUAUGGAGUUGGGACAGCUCUUCUGGCCCACUAAGUAAACAGUAUCCUUUUUGAAUGGCUAAAGGAGGAAGCUUUGGCUCCAGGAGACUAAAAGAAGACAAUCAGGCACCACCUCCUAAACAGAAGCUUGGGCGCACCUGAAGCCCGGAGGCUUUGUGACUGGCUCUCCCUAUUAUCUUCUGGGAGCAUCCACCCUACAACUCCCUACAGCCUCUGCUAUAAUAUUGAUGACUGUGUCUUGGGAGAUGAGAUAAUUAAGCCUGCUUUCCUCAGGGAAAGACUGAGGCCCAGAAGAAAAAGGUUCCUGCGCUAACCUGUGUGUGCCAGGCAUCCCUGUCCUUGUGCCUAGAAGCUCUCAGCAGCACGCACAGCCCCAUGCUUAUUGGCAGGCGCCAUGUCCCGGGUAGGGUGCCGGGCCAAGCCAGAGCAGCUGGAAAUGGUGGAGAAGAGAGACUCAGUCCUGUCAUAGCAUCUGCGGGCAGGAAUAUCCUGGGAAGACAGCAAGGCUGACCUAAAGGUAAGUGGGAAGGAGACGUGGGCACCCUCUGAAAGGGAAGAAAGCUUUCCCUUGUCCCUAACCCUUUGCAGUGUACAAACACUUUCACAUGCAUCUUCAUUUGAUUUUUACAACUUCCCUAUAACAUUGAGAUUUUAAUAUCACAACUUUACAGAAGAGGAGGAUGCUGAGAGAGGUGAAGUGAGUCACAAGGUCACACAGCAGGCAGAAGAGCUGGCACCAGAAGCCAGGCCCCUUGACCCUCUCUGGUCCUCAUACCAGUCAGUCCCAAUUCUUUUGGCCCCACAGUUGGCCUUCAGCUCCCUCUUUUCUCAGGAUUCCUUGAUUUUCUUCAGUGAUAAAUGACAUGUCAAUCAGAAGAGAGUUCAAAUUUCCCUGAGUCUAUGUUUCAUGUGGAGGCAUGAAAAAAAGGGAGAAUCAGGAGGCCAUUGAAGGAGUCCAGGUGAGAGAUCAUUCAUUUAUUCAUUCAGUAAAUAUUUGGAACAUCCAUUAUGUGAAAAGUACUGUCGUAGGUGCUAGGGAUACAGCAGGAGACAACAAACAUGGCCCCUGAUAACAGGGAGCUUACAUUUUGGUGGAGAAGACAGUGAAUAAGUGAUUAAAUAAACAAGGUAAUUACAGCGUGUGGUAAGUGCUGUGAAAGAAAAAAUACAGUGAUACCAUAGUGACAGGGGGUAUUGGAGAUAAGGUGGGUGAGGAAGAUCUGAAGCCUGAAUAAGGAGUCAGCCAUAUUCCAGGCAGAGGGAGCAGCAUGUUUAAAAGCCCUGAUGUGCGAAUAAUGUGAUGAGGCCUGAACCAGCUUAGUAAGUGGGCGUGAAGUGAAUGGGUUGUGAGCAUUCAGAAGGAAGAAUCAACAGGACAGACUGAAUGUGGUGGUUGGAGGUUGAACUUCGGCACCUUGCUAGACGGAGGUGCCACUCCCUGAGUUAGGGAACUCCGGGGGAGGAGCAGCUUUUGGAGACAGGCACUUCCCCUUCGUGGGGCUCUCUUUCUCACCUGCACAAUAGGUAGAGCAAAUUAUAUGAGAGCCAAGGGUAGGGCUAGUUCUUAAGAAUAUUAUGAUCCUUACACCUUACUAAAUUCCAAAUGGAUCCAAGGUUGCAAUAUAAAAAUAAGCCCUAAAAGUAAGCUGAACCAUGGGAAGUUUAAAAAAAAAAACCUCAGAGUGAGGAAGGCCUUUCAAACUGUAACACAGAUUUCAGAAUCAAAGAAAGGAUGGAUAAAUUUGAUCCCAUAAAUAUCUAAGUUUUUGCAGAGGAAAAAACACUCUAGGCAAAGUCAACAAACUGGGAAAAAAUAUUUGCAACUCAUUUGACAAAGAGCUGAUUUCCCUAAUAUAUAGUGAGCUCCUAUUAAUAAGAAAAAUGGGCAAAAGAUAUAAAAAGACACAGAAAGGAAAAUAUCUCUUAAACAUAUGAAAUGAGGCUCGCUCCACUCAAAAUCAGAUAAUUGCACAAUAAACUACCCUGAGAUACAUUUUUCCACUAUCAGAUUGACAAAGAUCAUAAAGUUUGAUAACAGUGUUCAUAAGGAGAUGGGGAAACAGGUACUUAUAGAGGAGAAUUGAGCAAUAUCUAUCAAAACCACACAUUCCCACACCCUUUGACCCAACUAUCCUACUUCUAGGAAUAGAUCCUACAUAAAUGUAUAUACAAAGUUACUUAAAAGGUUUGACCCUAUCUCAAUGUCCUUCACUAGGGCACUGAUUAAAUAAAUUACUGUGUAUAAAAUGGUAUGAGCCAUAAAAAUAGUCCUGAGGAAGCUCCUUUUGUACUCUGAUGGAAUAAUUUUCAAACUAUAUUAAGUGUAGAACAGUAUGUAUGGUACAUUACUGUUUGCUUUCUAUGUGUAAAAUACCUCCGAAAGGACAUUUAAGAAACCGAUUACAUUGUUUGCCUCUGGGGAGGGAAACUAGGUGGCCAGAGGACAGACAUGAGAAGAUUUUUCACUGUAUAUCACUUGAAGCAGUUAAUGAAUUAUCCUUUCAAAAUAUAUUUAAGAAAAAUAAAAACAGCAAAGAAACAAAACUCCUUUGUGGUUUUAGGUAAACUGGGUUAGUGAGAAGAGAACCAAUAUAUUGCCUUCCUACGUCGGUCCAGACACCGUUCAAGGCAUUUCCACAUACACUACCCCAUUUAGUUACCCUGGUAGUCCAUUGAGAUGGGAUAAAUUACUGUAUUCUAAUUUUGCAAAUUAGAAAACAGGUUAGAUUAGUCGAGUAAUUUACUCAGUGUCACGCCUAGUGUAGCUCCAAAGCUUCAGCCUUCUCCACUUUCCACACUGCUUCUAUUGAAGCAAAGUGUCCCAUUUUUAAAAUACUAUUGGUAUCACUGAUUGGGCACUUGCGAGACUGGCCACUUGCGAUAAAGUACGAAGUGCUUUACGUACCUAUUCUCAAAUAAUUCUCAAGACAACUCU